ACAACUGUGUUACGUCUGGCUGCGGUUAGCUCUGCUGUGGCAGCGCGAUUGCUAGGCCCUGGUUUGGCUAUGUGCCUGUGGAAACCGACCCCGGCUAUGUCCGGGCGAUGAGGUUGUUCGGCCUCAGACUGUGGAGGGGCUCAGCCCCUUUUCCCGGUUUGUGCCAGUUUGGCACUUUUUGUCGACGCAGGCAGGCACCGGCAGGCAGGCACGGACAGGGGCGAUCCUGGGGGGCUUCGCCUCCCCCUGGAUCGCUUCGCUCGGGGGGCUCAGCCCAAAAAACGCCGCCCCUGCCCCUAAGGUGGGCCGCCCCAAGAAGCUGACGGGCGCGCUGGCCUCGGGCGGCUAUGAGCUCAUGAUGCUGGAGGGCGGCGAGGGCGCCGAGGCCUGGCGCGGAGCCACGCCCGGCGGCGGCGGCGGCAGCCUGGUCAGGCUGGGCGAGGGCGGCGGCGCGGAGGUCAUGCUGCCGGGGCCCGGCGAGUACGAGGCCGACUGCCUUGCGCAGAGGGCUCACGACGAGGAGGCGGUGUGCUGUGUGUGCGGCGACGGCCUGAGCCUGGAGCCCAACAUCAUCGUGUUCUGCGAGCGCUGCGACAUCGCCGUGCACCAGGCCUGCUACGGAGUGCGCAACAUUCCCGCGGAGGAGUGGCUGUGCUGGCUGUGCCGCAUGUACGAGGAGCAGCAACGCGCGGCGGGCGUGCCGCAGGACGAUGCGCACUGCUGCAACAUGGUGCGGCCCAAGCGCUGGGAGAUAGAGGCCCGCGGCAUCACGCACGCCGAGCUGCCGGGCGGCUCCCACGCGGUGUCCUGCUGCCUGUGCCCCGUGCGCAACGGCGCGUUCAAGCGCACCACCGACGGCAAGAACUGGUGCCACGUGAUUUGCGGCAUGUGGCAGGAGGGCACAUCGGGGGUGCAGGUGGACGGGCCGGACGCGGUGGAGGGGAUGAACAACAUCAAGGCAGACCGCUGGCGCUCGCCGUGCGGGCUGUGCGGCCGCACCAGCGGCGCAGUGGUCAAGUGCAACUACGGCCACGGCCAGGCCUACUUCCACCCGCUGUGCGGCCGCCGCGCCGGCAACUACCUGGUGGCCCGCGCGCAGCCCGGCUCGCGGGUGUUCAAGCACCGCGCCUACUGCCACAACCACUCGGAGGCGCAGCGCAAUAAGGACUACUGCACCGGCGCGGCGGCGCGGGCAUCAGAGGUGAUGACCGCGCCGGUGCUCGGGCUGGGCCACGGGCGGCGCUGGGCCUCCUCCUCCGGCGGCUCGCUUCCGGGCGCGCUGCCGGGCGGGGGGCUGGAGGGCCUGGACGGCGGCUAUGGCGGCGCGGGCGGCCUGGAGGGCGGCGGCGCGCUGAUGGGCUACGGCGGCGAGGCGGGCGACAUGAGCGGCUUCAUGCCGCCGCAGCCUGUGAAGCGCAAGAGCGGCCGGCCGCCCAAGUUGCAGAAGCUGCUGCAGCUGCAGCAGCUGGGAAACAUCCCGGGCGGUAUGGGCAUGGGCAUGGGGCUGGGUGGCGAGGCCGAGCCCGGCCUGCCCUCCCCCACCGGCGCGGUGCCCGGCGUGGGCAUGGUCUCCCCCACUGGCGGCUACGACGCCUCCGGGCAGCUGCCCGACGGCUACAACCCCAUCAUGCAGGCGGCAGGCCCCGGCCGGCCGCCGCUGGCAGGGCGCCUGUCGAUGUCUGCGGCGGCAAAGCGGCGGGCGGAGGCGGCGGAGGCGGCGGGCGGGUACGGCGGCGGGUACGGCGCCGUCAAGUCGGAGGACGGCGCGGGUGGGCUGUACGACGAGUACGGCGGGGGGCGGGGAAGUGCAAGGGCCACCACCAGCAAGACAAGCAGCGGCGGGUUCGGCGGCCCGGGCGCUCGGGCCGGCUCGCGCGCGGCGGCCGGCGGCGCCAAGGGCCGCGGCGCGUCCGCCGCCGUCACCGCCACCGCGACCUCGGGUGGCGGGCGCGGCAUGCGCGGCGCGGGCGGGUACCGCGUGAAGGAGGAGUCCGCGAUGGGUGCGGAGAGCGCGGCGCAGGCCUUCCGCGCGCGGAUGGGCGCGCCCUCUGGUGCUGCUGGUGGUGGCGGUGUGGCGCUGACGGGGCUUGCUCGCCUGGCUGACCUGGAGCACCAGCGGGCGCUGGUGGACACGGUGCGGCGGCGCGAGCGCUCCAAGCGGCAGCAGUACCGGCUGUUGGGCGGUGAGGCGCUGGCGCUGAAAGACAGCGACCCCGCGGGCGUGCUGGCCUUCCUGCAGGAGUGGGAGUGGCAGGCGGAGGACGCGCCCGGCACCGGGCCCUUCGCUCCGGAGGACGUGGCGCAGGCGCCGCCGCCGGGGGAGACCCUCAUCGGCCGCAUGCUGGCGGCAUCAGGACACGCCACCGCCGUCUCCACCGAGGCAGCCGCUGCGGACGCCGCUGCCGCCGCCGCCACCAACGCGGGUGGCGGCGGCGCCAUCACCGGGGCUGCCACGGGAGCGCGCCCGUCCUCGGCCACAGCCACGCAGCCGCUGACAACGACGACGGGCCCGGGCGCGGCGCCGGGCACGGCAGGCGGCACGCCAGCCGUGUCCUCCGCACCGGGCGCCACCGGCGGCGCUGCCGGCGGCAGCGCCGCCCCCGCGCCGUCCAUCUCCACCGCCAGCGGCGCCGCGCCGGCGGGGCUCCUCCCGGCAGGCCAGAAGCGGCAGCGGAUACCUUCCGCCAUUGCGUUGGAGGCCGCCGCGUCAGCCCAGUACGGCGCCGUCGCCGCCGCCUCGCCGCCCACCAAGCGUAUCAAGCUCAAAGCCAAGGUGACCACGCCCGGCAGCGCCGCCGCCGCCUUCGGCUACGCCGGCAGCGCGGGCGGCACCGGCGGCACCGGCGGCGGCAGCGGCGCCGAGCCGGCCCGCACCAGCUCUCGCAGCCGGGGCGGCGCCACGGGGCCGCAGGGCGCCAGCGGCGGCGGGGCGUCCAUGUCAUCCGCGCCUGGGGGAGGCAUGGACAGCGAGGUGGGCAGUGCGGAGAAGGCAGACGGCAUCCGGGCAGCAGGUCCGGGCCGUGACUGGCGGCGGCGGGUGGUGAUGGGGCCUGAUGGGGUGUGGGUGCCUCGCGGGACGCCGACGGCCGACAAGCAGCCAUCCGGGGGACAAGCAGGCGCGGGGAACACCGGCGGCGGCGCACCGGGCGGCGGCGGCGGCGGCGCGGUGCCGGGACCCGGCAUGUACGGCGACUCCGGACUCCAAGCAAACGCGGGGAUGGCGGGUGCGCAGGCGGCUGCCGCGGCCGCCGCCACGGCGGCGGCUGCCGCGGCAGCUACUGGGGCUUCGCCAGGGUUAGACGGCGGGAACGGCAAUGGCGGCUACGGGCAGCUGUUCGGUGUGCCUACGGCAGUUGCCAGCAGCUUCCCCAGCGGCGACUUGGGCUUUGGCGCCGGCGCCGACGCCGAUUUGCUGAUGGGCGACGCCGGCAGCUUCUUCGCGGAUCUGGGAGGAGACAUGGUGGGCGGCGGCGGCGGCUUUGACGGCGGCGGCGGCAGUGGCGGCCUCGGCGGCGGCGGCGACGCAGCCGCCAUGCGCGGGCGCGGCGAAGGCCGCGGCGCUGCUGAGGCCCGGCCCGGCGGCGGCGAUGAGGAGGACGGGCGCGGCGGCAGCAGUGACGCAGAAGCCGACUGCGAUAGUGGUGUGGAGCCACCGCCUCGGCGGCGCCGCCUGGCGCGGCAGGCGUCGCAGGGGCAUUACCUGUUGCUACGUAGCGCGGCCAAGGCGGCCAGGGAUGGCUCGGGCUCGGCGGCGCCGGCCGCAAUCGGGGCCGCGGCGGCGGACGAGGCGGCGGCGGGCGGCGCCAACCGGCGGCGGAAGGCGGCGGGGGUGCAGAGCCCCAGCUCAGCGGACGUGGCCGCGCCUCGAAAGCACAGCGAGCGCGGUACCCGCGAACCGGAGGCCAAGGCAGAGGCGGCUGCGGGGGUGGGCGAGGAUUUGCCGCGUGCUACCCGCGCCGUCAUGAGCCAGCGCGCUGCGGAGGAGCUGAACAAGAGGCUGCCGCGCGGGUACCGCUUUGAGCGGCGGCCGCCGGAGGGCGGCGAUCGUUGAGCUGCGAGGCGGCUGCGGAAGCCGCUCACCACGGAGCAUGAUCAAGAGGUUGGGCCCAGAGUUGUGAUGGGCUUGCUUGUUGGGUGGAGGUAGCAGAGCGUGGUGGGUUCGGAGUUGGUGGUGGACAACAAGAGUAGUAGGCACAGUGGUUGGGGUGAAAGGGCGAACCUUGGAGUGCGAUGAAGCGCGUUUGUGUGUCCCGGUUGUGAUGAUGCUGAGUGGGGACUGCGUCUGGGGGGAUGCUAUACAUAAGCAUAGGAGAAACUGUCUCGGAAGUUGCGUUUCCCAUGAAAGACUGGCAAGUGUCAGAGGCAGCGGUAGACUCCAGAUGUGCGGCGACUGCAUGCAGAGGACAGAGGAUGCUCAGAUGGGGUUCAUGGGUCCGGUAAAAUAUAGUGUAAUGUAGGUUCGAGGACAGCUCCGCUACCCCCCAACUAACUCGUGUACGGCACCUCCACCACCGUCAGCCAUACUGCCAUACAGGAGUUGACUUGAGAGUCGGCAGCUGCGCGAGUGUGAGCAGGUAGUUGUACGGCGGCCCGGCUCGGAAGCUACCUGACUGUAGUGACGCACACGGGCAGUUGGCGCUAGUCGGCAGGCGCGCGAGUGGGAGUGGGCAGUUGAGCGCGCACGCGUGUGGUAAGCUGCGGCAGAGCACGGUGGAGCACGGCGGAGGCUGGCGGUUGGCGCGGCGCGCGAGUGGGAGUGCAUAGUCGUGCGCGCGCCGUGUGGGAAGCCGCGUGUGUGAGCUGCGUGUAAACUCAGAGAGAC